AGCUCACUUCGUGCUCUAAAUAGUUGCACACAACAAAAAUUUUCCUUGAUCAUCUCUCGAAUAACCAUUAAGGUUCCUUGAGAAAAAGCUUUUGCUGGAGAUGGAAAUAGCAUAAUCAUAAAUUUCAUCAUGCGGAUCACGCAAGUGUUGUUUAAGAAUGUCUCCAACCUCAUUCAACGCUUCAGUCGCUAUCGACAAUCUUCGUUGUCGAUUGAGAAAUUCACGUCGUUCGGUAAGACUGCAAAGCCUAUAGAAUCUUUCAAGUUUGGUCGCAAUGAAUUACGUGUACGACUUGCACACGCUAUAAGUGAGAUUGAUCUCCUUCCUGAGAAUUUACUUAAAAUCAGUUCAGUUGAACUUGUCAGAGGAUGGUAUGUUCAAAGCUUUAGUGAGGUAACUGAGUUCCAAGAUGCACAAGAAACAGAUGAAGUUUUCAAGAGAUAUACCCAGUGUUUGAUGGACAUCAAACAGCGCCAUAAGUAUGUUGUUGAGACCAUGGCUCAGGGAAUUAUGGAAUUAAGAGAGAAGGAGGGUGAUGAUGCAUUUCAUCCAUCAGUACAAUACUUUUUAGAUCGUUUUUAUAUGAAUAUGAUAGGUUUUCAAAUGCAUACCAAACAACAUUUGAAGCUGUUUGGUGAAGAUGCAAGAAGCUCCAAAAGCGAUUUCAUUGGUUGUUUUAACCCAACUUGUUGUGUUACUUCAGUGGUACAAAGUGCAAUCGAGAAUGCUGCCUUCCUUUGUGAACAUUAUUAUUGUGCUGCUCCUGAGGUGGAAAUUUCUGAAUUUAAUGCUGUUGAUCUUAAGAAACCAAUCCAAAUGGCCUAUGUUCCUGAACACUUGUAUCACAUGCUCUUUGAAUUGUUGAAGAAUGCCAUGCGAGCAGUUGUGGAGCAACACGGAAGCAAUAUUUCCAUUCCUCCAAUAAAGAUGAUGAUAACCAAAGGUAGACAGGACAUGACAAUCAAGAUUUCUGAUCAAGGAGGUGGAAUCCCAAGGAGUACAAUUGACCAAGUGUUUGAGUAUCACUAUACAUCAGCAUCAGAGCCACUAAAAGCUGGUCCUGCUUCACCUAUAGCCGGUUAUGGAUACGGGCUGCCAUUAUCUAGACUCUAUGCCAGAUAUUUUGAUGGAGAAUUGCAACUUUAUUCCAUGGAGGGUUUUGGUACAGAUGCGGUGAUCUGGUUAAAGGCGCUAUCAGCUGAAGCAAGUGAAAACUUACCUCAGUACACCAAAAGGACACCAAAGAAUUACGAAGCUAGACUAUCAGCUCAGCAUGGUCGAGGCCGCCGAGAUCUCCCCCAAAUUCAAUGGCAUAGAAAUAAAUUUAUGUAACAGUAUAGAAGAGUGAGAGAGUAAGGAGGCUGUAUAAUAGCUGGAAAAAAGAACUUGUCGUGAACUGGUGAGUUCUACCCUAGGGUCCAAUGUGCAGGCAACGUACUUAGAUAGCUCGCUUGUCUUUGAUGUUAUUUUCCAUGAGAAAUGCAGAAGAUUAUUGAGUGAAAAGUAAAUUGACUUCAGAUGAGUGGAGAUGCGUAACAUAAAUUUAUUCAUUUCAUGUAAGUUGUAUUUACUACAGCUACAAGAUUUCCUUUAAUCAGACGCGCCGGUUUGUGAGUCUGGACAAUCUGGACAAUGCACGUCGCAAUGAUAACUGUCAAGUUGUCCUAGUGAGGCAAACCUACAGUCGAACCAGUAUUUAGCAGCAAAGUGUUCAACGAUAACCCUGUAUCACUCUGAAUUGAUUUCCCCUCGGUUAAGCGGUUUUGUCUCUUUAGAGGUCGUGGUCACCCUCUACUAGGGCCCAACGGCCUGUUUGCAUUGUCCUCCGCGGUCACGUAAAGUGGGACUGGUCAAACAAAACUAAGGAUAAUCUUUCAAGUAUAUUUAAUCCAUGUUUACUUCCCGACAUCGAUGUAAAAGUAUUUUUUUAGCGAGUUUUUGUACAUGUAGGUUUUAAUUUUGGAAUAAAAUGGCGAUUGUUAUAA